UUGUUAUGUUUGAUGCUAUUAAUCAUGCUGAUCUUCAUCUCUGCCUCAAAGGAAGUCCUCCUACAAAGUUCAAAGUUCUGAAAACAAAGUGAAAAAAGCGCUCUUGCACAACCGACCUAAUGUUGACCAAAAGAUAAGCACAAGCAUGAAAACUUUGAAUAAUGCUGAAUAGUACAGUGUGCAGAACUUCACGUGGGGAAUGUGAGUAAAAAAUCUCAUUCUGGGUAAAUGAGCCGUAAAAUGACAUUUCUUGGUGAAAGCUUCUGACCUAGUUUUGAUUUAAAAUCGUCACUGAAGAUGAGUGUGUUCAGACUGCAGCAGCUGCAGGGUCACAUUUUGAACGGAGAAAAGACCAAAAGCAUGGCAGGCUCACCAAGUCCUCUGACCACCCAUGUUCUCAACACUGCUUUGGGUGUACCAGGGUCAAACAUGCCUCUUAUACUUUAUCGACUAGAACCUUCCACUGAAGUCUGGCAAUUGAUAACCACUGGGAUGACCAAUGAUGAUGGACGAUGCCCAGGACUGAUCACAUCCCAGAUGUUUACAUCGGGUGUAUACAAAAUACAUUUUGAGACUGCUCAGUACUGGGCAAGUAAGGGGGAGACUUCCUUUUAUCCCUAUGUUGAGAUUGUGUUCACAAUAAAUGAACCAGGCCAAAAGUACCAUAUCCCACUGCUUCUGAGUCGCUUCUCUUACACUACAUACAGAGGGAGCUAAAGACCAAGUGGGAUGAUUCUCCCUUUUUCCUGCAGUUGUACCUCACUGAAGAAAGGAAGUGGCAAAUGUUUAAAGGUCAUUCAUUGAUGUCCCCAGUGGAGUCACAGAUUGACUGAUUUGAUAUUUCAUGAGAAUAAAAGAAGCUACACCA